AUGAUCGACGCCAAGACCGACACGGGCCUGCGAAGCUCCCGGGCACGGCCUGCGCCAGCGCCGGCCAAGGCCGAGCUGCUGGCCUCCUCGGUCAUGUCUGACGACGAGAACGAGGCUGGCGGGCAAGUCGCCGGUCGUGCUCCUGUGGGGCGGGAGCGGCAAGUGCUGGGCGCGCGGAACGGACGGAAGGAGAGCAACCGAGAGCAGAAGGUGACCAAGGCCCCGGGCGCGGCGGCAAGGUCGUCGGCGGAUCUGCGCGGCCGGGUGGAGGACAUGGAGGAGCUCGUGCUCUCGCUCAAGUCGCAGAUCAUUCGCUCGUCUGGCGAGAUGGAGGCUGUCGAUGAGCAGAUUGGCACUAUGGCCAAGGCCAAGUCCGAGCUGCGGCGGAGCCUGGUGGCCACGGCUACCGCCUCGCCGCGGAACUCGCCGUAUCCGGCUGGCAAGUGCCCGACGUGCGCAGCGUCAAAGGCCGCAGCCAACGUCGCCCGCGAGGAGGCUGCUGCUGCGCUGGAUGCCGCCGAAAUGGCCAAGGCUGAGCUGGCCGAGGUCAAGGCAGACUCGGCGGUUCCGUGCGAUGCCUGCAUUCGGCUGGAAGACGAGCUGGCAGAUGCGGUGGCCAAGGCCGCGUCGGCAGCGGCCGCUGCCGCCGCCCAGAACCUCGAGAUCGCCGAGUUGCGCGAAAAGGCAGCCGCCGAGUGCGAGGGCUGCAUCGCCGUCACGGCACGACUGUCAGAUGCUACCCAGGUUGCGCGGCUGGCUGAGGAGAAGCGCGACGGCGCGGUCAAGGCUGCCGCGGCUGCGACGACCGAGCGCGAUGCCGCGCUUGCUGCACGCGACGAGCUGGCCUCCAAGCUGGCGACGUUUGAGGCAGCCCAGACUGACGCCUCAGCGGCGGUGACUGAGCUCACGACUCGGGUGGAGCUUGCUGAGGCCGAGCGCGAUGCUGCGGUCUCGGCAGUGGCGGAGCUCACGGAUGCAGUGGCGGAGGCAACCGCCCGCGCCGAUGCAGCGGCUGCGGAUGCUGAGGCUGCGGCUGCGGCGCGCGACGAGGCCUCGGCCGCUCACGAUGGCCUUGUCGCCGAGUUGGAGAUCACCUCCUGUGGCCGUGACGAGGCUAUUGCCGCUCGUGACGAGCUGGCGGCGGAGCUUGCGCUCGCGGUCAGCGCUCGCGACGAGGCCAGCGAGGCUUGCACCAGCAUCCAAACCGAGCUGACUCAGGUGAUGGCAGCGCGCGAUGCAGCUGCUGCGUCGGCGGCCGAGCUGAGCGCAACGCUUGAGACCACGAGUGCUGAGCUGGACGAUGCACGGUCGCAGCUAGAGGAGCUGCAGACCGAGGCCGAGACCGCAGCAGCUGAGGCCAAGGCGGCGGCGGCGGCGGAGGUCGAGAGCCUCAAGGCUGAGCACGCAACCGCUAUCGGCGAGAUGCAGACCAUGUUUGCGCAGCUCGAGGACAACUGCUCGCAGCUUGCGGCAACGUGCGAGUCGCUGACAUCGCAGCUUGACACGGCUGAGUCGGCCAACCUCGAGUUCGAGACUCGGGUGGCCGAGCUGGAGGCCGCCACCGAGGCAGCACGCAGCGAGACGACUGCAGCGCUCAAAGUGGGCGAAGAGCUGCGCACGGCGCUCGCGGCAUCCAACGAGGCGCUGGAGGCCGAGCGUGUGUCACGAGAGAGCGCCGAUGCGCGAGCGGCCGAGCUGGAGGCCGAGCUGGAGGCUGUCAAGGCGGCGCGGCAUGCGGACGAGAUGCACCGGCGGGCGCUGCACGAGAUGGUGCAGAAGCUCCGUGGCAACAUCCGAGUCUUCUGCCGGGUCCGGCCGCUCCUUGGCUCCGAGGGCACUAACUCGGGCUCUGUCCCGUAUGCCUUCCCCGGCGAGAACCCGGACUUUACCUCGUCGGUCCUUGUGACUGCACCGGGCAAGGGCUCGUCAACCCGCGAGCGCGAGUACGACUUUCCGUUUGACGCGGUCUUUGGCCCGACCGCCACCCAGGCCGACGUCUACGGCCAGCUUGCGCCAUGCGUCCAGUCGGCGCUCGAUGGGUACAACGUGACUGUCUUUGCGUAUGGGCAGACCGGCUCGGGCAAGACGUACACCAUGGAGGGCUACCCCGAGUGCGGGGUAGAGGCCAUUGGAAUGAUUCCGCGGGCGGUGGCUAACAUCUUUGAGCGGGCGGCGGCGCAAGCCGAGCUGGGGUGGUCGUACACCUUUGAGGCCUCGUAUCUGGAGAUCUACAACGAGACGGUGCGCGAUCUGCUUGCGCCCGACGCCGACGCAGCGGCCGUCGAGCUCGAGGUCCGGAUGGACCGCGAGAGCGGCGAGACGUAUGCGGCCGGGCUCACGUGGCGGCCGGUGGCCCAGGCCGCCGACGUCGACGCGGUGCUCGCGCUUGCGCGGACAAACCGCUCGGUCGGGGCGACGAACAUGAACGCGCGCUCGUCUCGCUCGCACUCGGUUUUCACCCUCAAGAUCUCGGGCGCGCACGCCGAGAAUGAGACUGCGUGGUCGGGCAAGCUCAACCUCGUCGAUCUUGCCGGCUCGGAGCGACUCGCCAAGUCGCAGUCGUCGGGCGAGCGGCUCAAGGAGACCCAGGCUAUCAACAAGUCGCUCUCUGCGCUCUCCAACUGCAUUGCCGCCAUCGGCAAGAAGGCCUCGCACAUCCCGUACCGCAACUCGAAGCUGACCUAUCUCCUCAAGCCUGCGCUCGGCGGCGACUCUAAGGUCCUCAUGUUUGCCAACGUCUCACCGGCGCCGUCCAACAUGCAGGAGUCGCUCUGCACUCUCCGCUUUGCCACCAACGUCAACAACACCGUUGUCGGCGUUGCCCAUCGCAACGCCUAAGCUGGCUGCCAUGCAACUGUAACCUGUCGGAGUAACACGUCGAUCCC